CCCUGUGGUCAUGCUACUCCUGGUUGCAGCAAUGGCUAGCUUGAUCCUAAACGAAAUAGUAGAAGGAGUUGCUAUCAUUAGUAUAAUUACAUUGAAUGCCUGUCUAGCUACGUAUAUGGAAAAAUCCUCAGGUGACGCAAUCGCAAAGUUGGCAGAAAUGGCAUCCCCCCAAUGCACAGUUUUACGAAAUGGAGAAAAAAUAGUCAUUCCAUCGAGAGAAGUAGUGGUUGGUGAUGUGGUCAUAAUAAAUACAGGGGACUCCAUAUCAGCAGAUUUAAGAUUAACAGAAGUAAUUGAACUUAAAACGAAUGAAAGUCUGUUAACAGGAGAAUCGGAAGAUAUUAAAAAAAGCUUAACUCCAGAUGAUUAUACUACCCCUUUUGCGACAAACUUAUGUUUUGCCACCACAUCUGUGACGAACGGUUCAGGUAAAGGGAUAGUUACUGCAACGGGGUUAAAUACUCAGGUAGGGAAAAUUGCUUCACAAUUGAAAAGAUCAAGUAAGGGAAGUAAAUUGACUCCUCUACAAGUAGCAUUAAAUAAGCUAGGAGGACUAAUAGGUCUUAUUGCUAUCAUUAUCCUAGUAUUUAUUAUAUCCUUGGCUGUACUGAUUAAUUAUAGAGAUCCAGCACAUGCCGAUAAGGAUCCCAUUCUCGUCAUAAUUAUUAUUGGAGUAGGCUUUGCAGUUUCAUCCGUUCCAGAAGGAUUACCCAUGGUUGUAACGAUCACCCUUUCUGCUGGGGCCAAAGAUAUGGUUCGAAAAAAUGCAAACGUGCGUAAAUUACCAGCUGUAGAAACGCUAGGAUGUUGCUCAGUUAUUUGCUCUGACAAAACGGGAACGCUAACGGAAGGGAAAAUGCCAGCCAUUAAUUUGGUCACAUUUGCAAAAAAUUCAACUUUGAGUGAUAAAAAUAAUAAGCUGACAAAGACGUUUGAUUUUUAUCCAACGAAAGGAUUCGAACCUUAUGGUGGAAUAUUCGAUUCAAAUAAAUUAACAAAUGAGUUAAAAAAGAAAAUCGUCAUAGCUAAAAAUCAAAGCACAUCUUAUGAUUCCAUUUUGUACAAUUAUGGUAACCCAGAAAAUGAUUCCAUAGAUGUGAAGAAGACAAGGACCCUUAUGUUUGCUGCUUAUCUCAAUUCGUAUGAUACUACCCUGGCUAGAGAUCCUAAGACAUCAAAAUGGACUAUUCAUGGAAACAUGAGCGAAGGACCCAUAGUAGUAGCUGCAGCCAAGGCUGGCUAUAAUUUUAUUACAAGCGGAAGCAACCAUUCCUAUGUCAAGGAGUACACCAGAUUAGACGAUUUAGAAGUGACCUUUAAUUCGUCGAGAAAAAUGAAAAUCACAUUUUACAAAUUGAAGAAGGAAAAUAUGUUUGAGUAUAUUAACCUGGAGAGACAAGGAAAGAAGUUCACUCACAUCGCACUCAUCAAGGGUGCCCCAGAUAAGCUCCUCGAUAGAAGCACUCACUUGUUAGAGGAAUCCCCCAACGGACCGCAAAUCUGCUGGAAUGUCAAAAUUAGCGAAAAGGAGAAAGACGUAUUAGCCCAGAAAAAUUUGGAACUCUCACAGAAGGCCUUGAGAGUUCUUGCCGUUUGUAUUAAACCGCUAACCAGUGAACACAUUGCUAUGCUGAAAAGGCUAGAAGAUGCUGAUGAGAGACUGAAAUUUGUCACUACCGAUGAGGAGAGCGGAUUCGUCCCUAUGGGAUAUGUCGCUGCGUUUGAUCCGCCCAGACCCGGAGUGAAGGAAGCCAUUCAGACGUGUAGAGAUGCUCAAGUGAAAGUCAUCAUGAUCACGGGGGAUCAAAAACCUACGGCCAUUGCGAUUGGGAAGCUCAUCGGAUUGAUAGGCGAGGGGGAGGCAGACCAGGCGGGCCAAGCGGGUCAAGCGGGCCAAGCGGGUCAAGCGGGCCAAGCGGGUCAAGCGGGCCAAGCUGACCAAGCGGGCCAAGCGGAUUUGGCUACCCCAAACUUCUCCACCCCAAGCGUCCAAGCUAUCGAAUGCUCCGAGCUGCACAUUAACAAGAACCCGAACGAACCCGUACUUCCGGACGAACAACUAGACGAAUUCACAGAUAAGAUACUGAUAUAUUCAAGAGCCCAACCGGAGGACAAAAUCACCAUCGUGCAGUCCCUGAAGAGGAAGGGAUACCUAGUGGCAAUGACAGGAGAUGGAGUGAACGAUGCACCAGCUUUGAAAGCAGCAGAUAUAGGAGUCGCCAUGGGAAUAAACGGAACGGAGGUUGCCAAAGGUGCAUCGGAAAUGAUUCUAAUAGAUGACAAUUUCUGUACAGUUGUUAGCGCCAUAGAUGUAGGAAGAACCAUCUUUUCCAAUAUACAAAAAUUUGUUUGCUUCUUGCUCGGUACCAACAUAGGAGAGAUACUUUACCUCUCCAUCGCCAUCGCAGCACAGAUGCCCUUCCCAUUGGAAGCACUUCAAAUUUUAUUCUUGAAUUUAAUGACAGAUGGAUGUCCAGCAGUAGCCCUAUCAAGAGAGCCACCCAACAGGGAUAAUAUGAAAACACCUCCCAGACCAAAGAAGCAACCAAUAAUGACCAAAAAAUGGUGGCUCUAUGGAAUCAUACCUCAUACCAUUUUCGAAGCAUUAUGUGUCCUCCUUUCAUUAGCUCUUUCUCUCUACAUAUGCACAGGUAGUUACACCCUAAAUGAUAUCCACAAUUCCUGCCGAACUGUUAGUCUACCAGAUACUUCAAAUCCAGGUAUCAAACAUGAGUACAAAUACUUUUGUAGUACCUAUGAGUAUAGAGUGUCUCCUGAAUACGUUGGUUGGAUUACUAAUAUAAAUUUUUGGCAUCCUAAGAAGAAUAAAAUAGUUACAUUUUGGGGAGCUGCAAAAGGAAAAAUAAAAAAUAUUAGUCCAAAUUCGAGAGAAAUACAUCCAGAUAUACGAACCAUAAUGGAAGAUGAUUGUUCAGAAAAUUUAGAAAAAGAUAAUUAUGGUUGGUGUAAACCAAAAGAAGAUACAUUUGUUAAGGGAAAGGAUGAUAAAAUUGAUGGAGUUUUUCGAAAAAAUUUUGAAGAUGUUGCUUCUAAGGGAUCUAAGAGAGGUAGAACGAUGGCAUUUAUUUCUGCUGUUUGGUGUGAAAUGUUGAGAGCUUAUACUGUCCGAAGUUGGGAACCCUUUUACAAAGUUUUUAAUAGAAAUAUGUGGAUGCAUUUGGCUUGUAGCAUUUCGGCUACUUUGACAUUCUUGGCUACCUGCAUACCGGGAAUCACUUCCGUACUGAAUACGACUUGCUUGCUGUGGUGGCAGUACCUCUUUGGCAUUUCCUGGGCUCUCCUCAACAUGCUGCUCGACGAGGUGGUCCCCAAGGUCCUCUACCGCAGGAGGUACAUGUCGGUGAAGAAGUG